GAAGUGAAACAGGGAGAGAGAGAACAAGGCUCAUUCAAUUUCUGCUUGUCUGCCAUCCGGUUAACUACUGUCUGAGGUUCUGUGAUCUGGUUUUUCUUUCAGGUUGAUCAGUGGGACUGCGAAAAAGACAUCCAACCAGAUCUUCGAAGCUUCUCAUUUUGGACAUUUGAAAUUUGGGAUUUUCAAUUGCUGAUCAAAAUCUCAACUUCAUCUACAGGUAACCUGAUUUGCACUCGCACAACUCUACAACUUUGGCCUGUGGUUUGGAAGAUGCUAAUAGCUUAUGCAAAUGAGAUACAAAUCUAACGGAGGACUCCCAUAUCCUUCUCUUAUUGAUUUUGUAUUCUUUUAAACUUUGGUGUAUGAGCAAACAGCUGUGACUGUGAGGUGGUCUCAGGUGAGGGGGGUGAGACAACAAUCAGGUGUUUUUUGGGGUUGGUUGGGCUCAAACAGAGCCACGGUGGAGGACGACCCGCUGGAUUUCGCUGAUAUGGAUGGGCACGGGUAUGACCGCUAUGCGGAUGGAGACAGGGACAGCUACCAAAUUGAUUACCGGCGUAUUGUGGGGGACAUGGAGCCGGCCAGGCCACGGAUGUCUUUACGAGACUCGGAUCAUCACUUUCAUGGCCCGUUUACCCAUAAUAUACUACAUGGGCACGGGCACGAGACGGCUUCCCAGCGCUACAGUGCCACCCGAAUACAGGCGGGAUAUGAACCAGAGAGCAUGGCUGAUUACCUUAUCAGCGGUGGAACUGGGUACGUUCCAGAGGAUGGACUCACUGCCCAGCAGCUCUUUGCCAUCGGUGAUGGUCUCACGUACAGUGAUUUCCUCAUACUGCCUGGCUUCAUUGACUUCACAUCCGAUGAAGUGGAUUUGACAUCUGCCCUGACCCGCAAGAUAACCCUGAAGACGCCACUCAUUUCCUCUCCCAUGGACACAGUCACAGAGUCCUCCAUGGCCAUCGCUAUGGCUCUCAUGGGUGGAAUAGGAAUUAUUCAUCACAACUGCACACCUGAGUUCCAGGCCAAUGAGGUCCGGAAAGUCAAGAAAUUUGAGCAGGGCUUCAUUACGGACCCUGUAGUGAUGAGUCCACGGCACACGGUUGGCGAUGUGUUUGAAGCAAAGGUACGGCACGGUUUCUCCGGCAUCCCAGUUACAGAAACCGGCAAGAUGGGCAGCAAGCUGGUGGGCAUCGUUACGUCACGAGACAUUGACUUCCUGUCAGAGAAAGAUUACGACAGGCCACUGGAGGAGGCAAUGACAAAACGAGAAGAUUUAGUGGUUGCUCCAGCAGGUGUAACGUUAAAAGAGGCAAAUGACAUCUUACAGCGCAGUAAAAAAGGUAAACUGCCUAUAGUGAAUGACAGCGAUGAGCUUGUAGCUAUAAUAGCUCGUACCGAUCUGAAGAAGAACAGAGACUAUCCUCUAGCCUCCAAAGACUCUCGCAAACAGCUGCUGUGUGGCUCUGCCAUCGGCACCCGAGAGGACGACAAGUAUCGGCUAGACCUGCUUAUGCAGGCAGGAGUGGACAUGAUAGUUCUGGACUCUUCUCAGGGGAACUCAGUGUUUCAGAUCAGUAUGAUCAACUACAUCAAACAGAAAUACCCAGAACUACAAGUGGUGGGAGGAAACGUGGUGACUGCUGCUCAAGCAAAGCAUCUUAUAGAUGCUGGUGUUGAUGCUUUACGAGUGGGCAUGGGCUGUGGAUCCAUCUGCAUCACACAGGAAGUGAUGGCGUGUGGGAGACCGCAGGGCACGUCUGUGUAUAAAGUGGCUGAAUACGCCCGGCGUUUUGGGGUUCCGGUCAUUGCAGACGGUGGCAUCCAGACGGUUGGGCACGUUGUCAAAGCCCUUGCGUUGGGAGCUUCCACAGUGAUGAUGGGGUCAUUGUUAGCAGCAACCACAGAAGCGCCCGGUGAGUAUUUUUUCUCAGACGGCGUACGACUGAAGAAGUACCGUGGCAUGGGCUCGUUGGACGCCAUGGAGAAAAACAACAGCAGUCAGAAACGUUACUUUAGUGAAGGUGAUAAAGUGAAGGUGGCUCAGGGAGUCUCUGGCUCAGUUCAGGAUAAAGGCUCUAUACACAAAUUUGUUCCUUACCUCAUUGCUGGAAUUCAACAUGGCUGCCAGGAUAUCGGUGCAAAGAGCUUGUCCAUUCUGCGAUCGAUGAUGUACUCUGGAGAGCUGAAGUUUGAGAAGAGGACGAUGUCUGCUCAGGUUGAGGGCGGAGUUCAUGGACUGCAUUCAUAUUCUUUUGUGCCAUUUAUGAGAAGCGGUUAUAUUGAGCCAGGCAGCAGGGGGCAUCCGAGAGCUGGACCCAAUGUCCCGUCACCAGCCAUCACUAAACACAGCAGCUGAAAGUGAUUUCUGCUAUCCUCAACCCCUUUAUCCUUUUUCCUGGUUGGCUCUUGACUCUAGAUAAACAUUCAAAUGAAAAAAAAAUUUAAAUUGAUUGAUUGUCUGAUUGUAAUAAAAGCCAGCAACAGUACUGAAUGUACUAUGGACUUGUUUUGAUUUUUUUUUAUUUUGUUCAGGCUUCCCUGUAAGAAAUUAGACUUGGCACUAGAGAUAUUAUUUUCAAAAUCCUGUGAAUGUACGGCAUCAUCUGAAAUAUGAGGAUGCUACUUGUGUUUAUGUAAGAGAGAGUAUGAACAUGUAUGAUCUAUGUCGGGUAUGUUUUUCCAGACUGUCUUGCUGGCUCAUUGUAAUUCAUAUUGUCUGUUAUUUUAAUAGUAACAAUAUUUUGUGACCAUCGUGGUAUAUGACGAAAUCAUGUGCAUACCACAUUGCCAUUAGUGUUAUGAGUUGAGUUGUAAUGUAAUCUAAGAAAUGCAUUUGUUUUCUUUAUUUUUCCACUAGGGCAGGUUUGCAGACUGCUUGUGUCAGGAUGCUUUUCAAAUUAUCAUUAGGAUCAUGUUAUUUUAUGGACCAGAUUAUGAGUAUCAGCCUUAAAAUCAUGUAUUCUGUACUGUUACUCGCCUUACGCUAGUCAAUAAUGUACACCGACAUUAGAGACGCUCAUUUCUUAAAGUUUAUUUAACAGUUUCACACACUUGCAUCAUUUAACUUAGAAGCAUUUACAUUUAUCAAACAUUUUACAGUAUAAAAAAGUUCUGAAUUGAAGUACAGUCAAAAGCAUUUGCUGUAAAAUUGAUACUUUCAACUUUGGGCACCAUUUGGUAGUUUGCAAAGACUUGUGUUGUCAUUCUGAAUAUACUACAGUUUAUAGAAUA